CCCAUUGGUCCCCUCCUCCUUAUUCUUUUCCUUCAUUGGCCUGUUUCCUUCCCUCCCUCCCUCCCUUCCUCCCUCUCCUUCCCCAUUCCUCUUGGCAAUUGAUCAUACAUAGUUCUCUUCUGCCCUGCCCAGGAGCUUUACCUUUUUCUUCAUUAUUGGAAAAACUAUUGCCUCACCCCUCCCUUUCAUUGAUUGGUUCCCCCCUCGGCCCAUCCUAAUCCCUCAUUGCUCCGCCUUCCGUUUUCUCAGCGCUCCACCCUUCCCCGCUUUGAUUGGUCCCCUCCUCUCCAUGAGUUUCGCCUCUCGCCUUCCUCGGCCUGCCUGGGCUCCUGGUUAGAUCCCGCCCUUUAGGUCCCCUAGACUUUGGGUUGUGUAAGACUCCGUCGUCAUGGUAACCGCUGCCUCUCAGAGUUCUCGCCAUGGCCGGGAGAGAUGGCUGGCGCUCUAAUGGCGCUGGUGCUCAAGCCGCUCAACUCCAGCCCUCAGCGCCUUCAGUAACUAUCCUGCAGUCUCUUCCACGGGUCUGGGUACCUCCUCAUCAGCCGGGACACAUAAAGGAAGACCUACUGUCACUGAUGAUGCUACAGAACAUUCAAAUGCACCAGCUGCUCAUGAGUCGCCUGACAAUGAGUGCCCUUGAUUCCAAGCUCCUGACUUCCCAGGUCAACAUGUUGAGCCUGCAGGAUGAAGAAGGAGAGGAGGAAGAAGAGGAGAUACUAGUGUUUCACUACCAUUACCUGCCUUGGUCAGCCCCAGCCCCAGUCCCCCUGCUUCCCUAUCCAGCGCCAAACCCACAUCAGUCAUGGUUCCUGGAUGUCUCAGAGAUUAGGAAUCUCCCUCGAGACUCACAGAUCAUCCCAUCUGCCAGGUUGAGAGGAGUGCCCCCACCCCCACCUCCCAGUGCCACAGGGACAGUGGGUGCUGAUGUACCACCUGCUUCAGACUACUAUGACGUGGCAGAGGGGCAAUUGUGACACUACCCGCGGUGGACUGGCUUCUCUGGCUACUUGGUAGGAGAGUCACAUGUUCUACAACCUACCAUCUUGGGCAGCUACAGACAAGGCCGCUUGUGGGACCAAGAGCCCUACCCUCCUUUGCUUUUUCCCUGGUGCCAUGCCUCCUGUUUGUUUUUGUAAUGUCCUCUGCAAGCCUUAGACUUUCCAUCCUGUUUGUUUUUGUAAUGUCCUCUGCAAGCCUUAGACUUCCCAGUUUCAAAGUCUCACCCAAAGUACUUAAUGCUUUUCCAUAAGGAACCUCCCUACUGGAGGAGGGUCAGUGCUAAGAUUCAAUGUUUUAGGGAGUUAAGGUGGAAAUAAAGACCCUGGGAACAGACAUCUAUGUUCCCUCUUCUCCCCCCUCUAUUUCGCUCUCUGUCAUCUUAUAGCUCCCAUCUUCUCUCCACUUCUCCAACCUUAUAUAUCUCCUGUGCAAUGUUAGCUUCCAUUUCUCAUCCCCGAUAGACUGGUUGGUUUGACCACUGCCCUUCCCUAUGCAGUUCUCCUUUUUCACUCUAGGAGUUAGAGAUGGGAAGGAUUAUUGAGAUUAGCUAGUCUAAUCCUUGCACUUUUCAGAAGAAACUAAGGUUCAGAAGGGAGACCUGGCUUGUCCAAGGUUACACAGGAAAUAAAUAGAUCACCUGAACCAAUGUCCUCUGACUAUAAAUUGAAUAAUUUUUGUUUCUCUG